AUGUCCAAGGUAUCCUUCACCAUUCGUCGUCCAGCACCUCCACCUCGCUCGAUAAUCAGACACUCAAGCGAGGAAAUUAUAGACUCGAACGUGGCAAUUAUAGACUCGAGCGACGAGGAUGAGCCUCAAGGGCCGCUCGUCAUUCCCGCGCUCCAAAACCGUGAUUGGCGCGAGAUGGCUCGGAAACGCCGAGCUGGUUUAUCUUAUGUUCCACCAAGUGGCCAGGUGGGAGUUGGAAAGGAUGGAAGCGUUGGAGGUUUAGGCACCAGAGACACCAUCAAUUCCGGUGUGCAGUUAGAAGGACUGCAGGCGCCUCGCAAACGGCCAAAGACAGAGUCAGAUGAAAACGACGCAGGAUCUAAAGAUCAUCUGCUACAGGAGGGUGUGGCAGGAGCGAAAGAUGCCGCAGAAGUAAAGGAGGGAGAGACAGAUGAAGAACGUGCCAUUCGCGCGGUGCUUGCAAGCGCUCGAGGCGAAACUCGCGAGGGUGGACCUCACAUCGACAUCAUUCCUGCAGGAGGAAACGAGUGGGGACGUAGGCCAACCGAAGACGACGCGUUCAAGCAGGACGUUGACGCCCUGCCCGAUGAAGCAACGCUAGAUGAUUACGAGCGCGUCCCCGUUGAGCAGUUCGGCGCAGCGCUGUUGCGUGGGAUGGGUUGGAAGGAAGGAACGGCAGCGAGCAAGAAGAAGAAAGGGCCCGUCGAACCAUGGCUCCCGCAGGCUCGACCAGCGCUGUUGGGUAUCGGUGCUAAGGAGCGUGAGGCUUUGGACGAUGGAAGCAUGCGGAAGGCGAAGGGUCGGCCGGAUAAGAGGUACGUGCCUGUUGUCAGACAGGGGAGGGACGAGGGGAGAGCCUCGUCAUCUCGGUCACAGCCCCCUUCUGGCACGAACUCGCAUCGGUCGUCUCGGUCACAGUCGCCCAGUCGGAGAAGUCGAAAAGAGAGCGACUACGAGCAGGAUCGUGACCGUCCUGGGGACCGGAAACGCGAGCGGGAGCGGGAUCGUGGAAGCGAAAGAAGAAGUGAGCAACACGAGCGCGACGUCUACCAGAAGGAUCAACGUAGGAACGGGAGACACGAGGAGUAUCGCGGCGAUAGGGAUAAGCACAGAGAGCGUUCAGGUCGAAAUUGAUAGGGAGCUCUCAUGGCGUCUUAUGCCAGCCUAUGUGCCUUUCACCGAGGUGCGAAGUCCUACCGGGAAUGAUUCAACCU